AUGGUUCUUCAACUUAUCGGCGCUGCUACAUCUUGGAAUACUUUGCGCGUACGUCACGUCCUCUUCGAGAAAGGGAUUCAUGAUGUCGAGUUGAUCGAUAUAAACGUCGCGAAUGGGGAUCAGAAAAAACCGGAAUAUUUGGCCAAGAAUCCCUAUGGCAAGCUCCCGGUGUUGAUCGAUGGGGAUUUGACUUUGUCCGAAUCCCGUGCCAUCGCUGUGUAUUUGGCCGCGAAAUGGAAGACCUCCGGGGAGUCGCUGAUUCCAGAAGCGACAAAUCCUGGCGCUAUUGGGCUGUUUGCGCAAGCUGUAUCGGCAGAGCUAACUCAGUUCGAUCAUCUUGUUGAGCCGUUAAUCCUCAAGCAUGUCAUCGCUAAAUUUACUCAAACACCUGUUCCUGAAAACGAGACCUUUCGUGGUUUGGCGAGUCUGGAACCCAAACUUGACAUACUGGAUGUCAUUUUGUCGAGACAGCGUUACAUGGCUGGGGAUCAGUUCUCCCUGGCCGAUGUAUUCUAUAUGCCUCUCCUGCACUUGCUCGUAGGCCUAGGCUUUCAGGAUCUCAUCUUCUAG